AUGUCGGCAGGAGACGCAGCAGCGGUAGCCGCAGCCGCAGCGGCAUCGACCAGCCAAGUGAUUCCAGCAUCUCAGCGUACGCAUCCUCGAGUGCUCUGUCUCUUCGACGUGGAUGGUACGCUGUCCCUAGCUCGUCAAUCUGCCACGCCAGCCAUGAUCCUUUUGCUCUCCUCCUUGCGCAAACACGUCGUCACUGGAUUUUUGGGCGGCUCGAACUUGGGAAAGAUUAUGGAACAGUUGAGAUCGGAUGCUUCUCCUGAUCCGCUGCGAGCUUUCGAUUGGGGUUUUGCGGAGAAUGGCUUGACUGCUUUUAGGGAUGGCAAGACGUUGGCUAGUCAGAGCUUUAUCGAGUGGCUGGGAGAGGAAAAGUACAAGAAAUUGGUAAGAUUUGUGCUGAGGUACAUUGCCGACCUUGAUAUUCCCAUCAUGAGAGGCACAUUCAUCGAGUUCCGCAACGGCAUGAUCAACGUCAGUCCAAUCGGUCGAGACUGUUCACUACCCGAACGUCUAGCUUUCCAAACGUACGACGAUGAGCAUCAGAUUCGCUCAAAGUUUGUCGAGGUGCUGCAAAAGGAGUUUGCAGAUUACGGAUUGACAUUUGCGAUUGGGGGACAGAUUUCCUUUGAUAUCUUCCCAAACGGCUGGGACAAGACGUAUGCGCUCAGACACAUCGAUCCGAAAGAGUACGACGAGAUUCAUUUCUUUGGCGAUAAGACGCACAAGGGCGGUAAUGAUCACGAGAUUUUUGAGGAUGCUAGGACUAUCGGACAUACGGUCAAGAACCCAGAGGAUACGAUGAGGCAGCUCAAGGAGCUGUUCGAUGUUUAG